AUGUCCUCUGCCCUCCCACUCUGCCGCCGCGCCCUUCUCCGACGUCUCAUGUCCACCUCGCCGCGCCGUGCCACAGACUCCUGGCUUCUCCCGAACAUCCCCGAGCACCUUGCAAAGACGACCACUCCCGCCGAUGCGCCUCCUCCGCCUGCACCCCUUCCUCGUCCGGGCGAGAGUGUAGAGACCAUGCGCGCCAUGUACCAGUCGCGCAGGCGGGGCACCCUCGAGAGCGAUCUGCUGCUCAGCACGUUCGCAAAGGAGCAGCUCUACACAAUGAAUGAGGCGGAGUUGACGGAGUUGGACAUUCUUGCGGGCUUCUGUGGCGCUCCUUACAAUUACGUGCUCAGUCAUUCCGGACUAUCUCGUAACUGCAAUGAGCGCGUGAACAUUGGCGAGACCUACAACCUGUGA